CACAUGGUCUCACCUGUGACCUGAAUAUCAACUUCAUACCACCCUCCAAGCCAACCUGCUCCUCCAAUGGGAAGCCUUGCCCAGGAUUAAAGAGCAGGCCACCUCACCUAUUAACCCACACCUGAGCCAGCUUCCUCUCCAUCCGGGACCCAACUCCCACCCGCUGGAUCCAAGACUCAGUAGGACCAGCAGCAAAAUGAGAGCCCCAGUCUUCUCUCUGCUGCUGCUGCUGCUGCCACUGUCUGUUGCCUCCUCCAGCUCCAAUCCAGAGGGUGCUGAAGGCCAGAGGGACCAUAAACUUUCUGCAAAGAGGCAUUCCAGGGGCAGCAGGCAGGCAUGUCAAUGUGAAGAUGUCUUCCAGAACAUUCAUGGAGGAAAGACAGUACUGGAAGCCAAGCCACCUGCAAGACAGUGCCCAUGUGACCGCCUUAAACCCAAACAGAAAAACGCAGGCUUAGGGCAUCGGAAGCACUGGAGACGGAGCUGCCUCCGGUUUCUGAAGCAAUGCCAGCUGCGGGACAUUACUCUGCCUUUGUAAGAGAUCAGUCCAGUCUGAAGGGCAGAAGGUCAGCUCCCAAGAUGGCUUUAAUUCAGAAACGACCCCCAGGGUCACGUGGACUGCAGGCACUCCUCAGCUUGAUCCCUCCGGGAAGCAAGCACCUGACCUCUCUUCCCCGUCUCUGCCCACCCUUUCUCAGGUCCAAGUUGGGGCCGGGGGAGAGGAUGAAUCAGUCCCCACAAUCCCUAAUCGCCAGGGAAACUCUUCAGCCUCACUGACCAUCACCACGCCAGCAACAUGUAGCACCCUGGGGUCUUCAAUAAAAACGAAAAACAUUUCA